AAUGCGGUUAUGGAUUUGGGUGGUACAAGAUUCUAGCUGGUUCCCAGGAAAAAUGACACCUGUGUCACUAGUUAACUUGCACAGACAACUGUGGUUGACAUUUUGUGCUCAAAGAGAUAAGAUCACACAAAAAUGUGCCCAGUCCUUAUCAGUUCUCUUACAAAAAAAAAAGGUCAUCAGAGGUCUCAAAGAUUUGUUAUAUGGCCACUGAAUCUAACAAAAAUCAGGUUACGAAAUUUUGUGUGGUUUGGUGAACCUAUGUUGAAUUUAUGCUGUGGGAACACUUAAGGUUCUGUUCUUAAGGCUAUGAUCUGUUUGCAUAUAUUCUUGAAUGAAAUUUUUGAGUAUGGAUCAUCAAUUUCUUGAUUGAAAAGAUUGGUGAUUAAUUGGGGGGUUAGGAUAAAUUAUUUUUGAGUGAGCAAAAGGAUUUUUCUUUCUAUUGAUUUUAUGAAUUUGUGAGAAGUUAAACAAGAAAAUUUCAGUGUGUAAGAGGGUUUUAGGAUUUCUGAGUAGAUUAGUAUCCUUGUGACAUGAAAGAGAAAAUUGAUGAUGGAGAGGUAGAGCUAUCAGUUGAUUCAUCUACUAAUGUUUAUGGAUCACUUUCUGGGGAUUCAUUUCUUGAUGAUUUUCUGAGAAAUUCACAAACAUGUACCCAUACUCACACUUGCAAUCCUCCGGGACCUGAUGCUGCACACACUCACACAUGCUACCAUACUCACACCCAUGUCUUUCCAUCCGAAGAAGACAACACCCCUCGCAAUAGAACAAGUCCCAGGUCGAAACCUCGUAGGGCUUUGGGUAAUAGAGAAGCGGUUAGGAAGUACAGAGAGAAGAAAAAGGCGCAGGUGGCCUAUUUGGAAGAGGAAGUUAAGAAAUUGAGAAUUGUGAACCAGCAACUCAUCAAGAAACUACAGAGGCAGGCUAGUCUUGAAACUGAGAUUUUGAGGCUGAGGGGUCUUUUGUUGGAUCUUAGAGGAAAGAUUGACAAUGAAUUGGGAGCUUUCCCCUUGCAAAAACAGUGCAAUAAUAUCAAUACUUUUAAGGAAGGAGAUUGUGGGAUUCAGUCUACUGGUGAGGAUGAUUUGCCAUGCUUGGCUGGUUCAUCUAUACCUGCCAAUAGUAUAGGUGGAUGUGGCAUGGCUACCUGGGAAACAAAUUGCCAGCCUCCAACCAUUGAUUGUCAAGCCAAUGCACACAAUGUGGGAAGUGCAGAAAAAUGCUUUGAAGGCUUAAUGGAUACAAUGUUGUCAUCUGCAUCUCGAGCAGAGUAACCAAGUGCGCACAGUAGUUGACAUCACCGGACAGUACAGUGGACAAAAAAUUAGCAUUCCAUUCUUCUUUAACAAUGUUUUGUCCACUCCAGUCCAACCCAACCAAACGAAACGUAAAGGCAGUAGAUUUUCAUGCUUCAUAUUGUUUAUGUAUACUAUAUGUAGAGUAGUUUAUGCUAAUAGAUGUAAUCUAAAGAAUAAGGAAAACGUUUGUGUACAGAAGAAUGAAUACAUGACAAACUUGUACCUCUAUACUUUCAAGGAACUUAUAAUGUUGCGUUACUAAACAGCUUGUUUUGUACACUGUAGAAUGAAAAUUUGAUCUUUAUGUUC